AUUAAAUUUCAAAAAAAAGUUUGAUUUGACCCUAAUGCGUGUUGAGCUUCAUCAUUAUUUGAUUGGAUCUAGUCAAGUCAUAGUCUUAACAACGAUCUAUAUAUAAUUCUCAAUUUUCUCUUUCUUUCACAAUAAUCUUAAACUCUCAGAAAAAAAAAAAACAGCUUUGUUGUUCUUUCCGCACAUGUUGAACCAUUUUGUCUGUGGCAGUUUCCAGCACCAAGAAGAAGAUGUUGCACCAUGUUCAAGCCCCAUGAAGUCCAAGAGAAAAAAAGAAAGUAGAAAUAACAACCCAUACUCCGAUCGAGGCUUAGACAAAUUUUCAGCCCUUUUGGCUGAUCUUGACGAGAGAAGGCAAAAGGUGUACUCUCAAACCAGUCCUCAGGAGAUAUCUUUGGUCCGCUUUGCCUAUUCAAGCAACGAUGAUUUCGUUCCCAUAGUAGUCAAACUGAAAAACAAGGAUCAGAACAAGAAACACAAGAGUGAAGAACUCAAAACAACACACUUGACAUCUUUCUCGGAGCAAUUGGAGAAAUCAGCUGAUCAUGAAGAAGCAACCGUGGAAGAAAGUAAGGAACAGAACAAAAAGUUGGAAUCUCAUAAGAAGAAAGAUUUUAGCUUUUCAUGGAACAUGUUGAAGUGGCCUUCUUUCUAUGUGCCAGCGGUUGUUAUUUUGAUUUUGGUUUUUCUGAUUGUGUUUGGGAGAUCUGUUGCAACACUCUGCACUUGUGUUGUGUGGUAUGUGGUUCCCACGUUGAGUGAAUGUUACUAUGAUAGUUCAAAGGCAAGGAAAUCGGUGAUGAACUGGAAGAAGAGAGAUUAUGUUUGGGGAUGGUUGAAUGACACGAAGAUGGUGAAUCCUGAAGAGUUAGCUUCUCCAAGAAAUGGUGAUUUCAAGGCUUAUUCCAAUGGCAAGAAUUCAGGGAAACAUGGCCACCAGAAAAGCUGGUGAAGAUUGAUUAUCUGAUAUAACUUUUUUCCUUCUGUAAAUAUGUGUAGUUUUUGUUGGUGACGUUCUUGAGACAGGUUCAAAUUUCAAUCCUUCUCUUGUUCACGUUUUUCCACUGUAAUUAAAUCUCGACUGAUCCAUGUACAUUGUUAAUAUGCUUUUGCUAAAGAAUUAAAAUUUACAA